AUGGGUCAAACCACUUCCAAGUCUGCCGGCGACGGUAAGCCCAAACCCAAAACCACCUCGGCGGCGGCAGCGGCGGCGGCCGUCGUGAGCGAGACAGCAACCGGGUCGAUGACCAUGAGGAUCGCCGGCUACUCUCAAACCAAGGGGAUCGGCGUCGGCAACAGCAUCAACUCCAGCAAGUUCCACGCCGGAGGCCACACCUGGUACAUAGCCUACUACCCCGACGGCGACCGCGAGGAGUACUCCGACUGGGUCUCCGUCUACCUCUGCCUCGCCCGGCCAGCUGCCGGCGCCGCGGCCGACGACGUCGUCGAAGCGAAAUUCACGCUCAGUCUACUCAGCGGGACGUACGGUGCGGUGGUCGAAGAGAAGAUCUGCACGGCCAAGAAAUUCUCCUUCGCCAAUGGCUACUGGCCAAGUUGGGGGCAUACAAGAUUCAUCAAGAGGAAGAAGAUGGACAGUCGAUUGUGGUCGUGUCUACAUCUAGACGGUCAAAGUUUCUAUAUCAGAUGUAAUAUCACCAUGGAUAUUAUCCGCUGUGAGGCGGCCACCACGGCGGUGGCGGUGCCACCGCCGGACCUGCACCGGCACCUCGCCGCCCUCCUCGGCAGCGGGGUGGGGGCCGACGUGCGCAUCAGGGUCGGCGGCAAGCUGUUCGCGGCGCACAAGAACGUGCUCGCGGCACGGUCGCCGGUGUUCAUGGCGGAGCUCUUCGGCAAUAAUGGCGGGAAAGAUCAGAAGGAGGCGAAGGCUGCUGCUGCGGCAACUGGCAAUGGCGUUAUUCGGAUUGAUGAUAUGGAUUUGAGGGUGUUUCGGGCCAUGCUUCAGUUCAUCUACACCGAUACCCUGCCUAAGAUCGACAAGGGAGACACGGCGUUCAUGGCUCAGAAUCUGCUCGUCGCGGCUCAUAGGUAUGGGAUUGAGAGGCUCAAGUCGAUCAGCGUCGACAUGAUACGCAAAGCUGCUGGUGAUGCAUCUACCCGAAGCUGCGACCUCGCCGAGAUGCCGGACGUCCUUGAUUUGCAAGCUUCACCGCACUGGAGCGGGCUAACCAUGGAGGAGGUCAUCGGGAAGCCGCCCUGCCGGAGCGCGCCGAGGAUCGCCGGAGCUGCCACCGACUGCCAAGAUUUCUAUCCAUUCCCAUGCCGGAGGUCAAGUAUCACGCAUGGCGUCGAAACCAGCGGAUGA